AUGGCUUUUGAAGUGGAUGAAUCAAAAAUCACCACGCCCCAGCAGGCCCUGGACGCCCUGAAAUCCGGCAAUGAGCGUUUCGUGACUGGCGAUGUCAUUAACCAGGAUUUCGAGAAGCAAAUCGCGAAAACCAGCUCGGGCCAGCAGCCCUACGCCACCAUCCUGUCGUGUCUGGACUCUCGCAUCCCACCCGAAAUUGUUUUCGACCAGGGCAUUGGUGACGUUUUUGUCGGCCGCGUGGCAGGUAAUAUCGAAGACAACCACAUGCUGGGCAGCUUCGAGUUUGCCACUGAACUCAGUGGCACCAAGCUGAUUGUUGUCAUGGGUCAUACCUCUUGUGGCGCAGUGGGCGGCGCAUGUGCCAAUGCCAAACUGGGCAAUCUGACACAGCUCCUCACCGAAAUCACACCUGCUGUUGACCUGGUGAAAGCAAAAAACCCAGGCAAAGACGUCUGCGCAGCACCACACAUGGAUGAAAUUGCCGAAGAAAAUGUGAUCAAAACCGUUAAAGACAUCCGUGAGCGUAGCCCGGUCAUCGCCGCGCUGGAAAACUCGGGCAAGAUCAUGGUCGUCGGCGCGAUGUAUGACCUGACAAGUGGCGAAGUCACCUUCAUGGACGUGCCCGCCAGCUAA